CGCGUCUGUUGUCUCUUCGCGUCUGCCCUGUGUCUGCCCAGAGGAGAAGACAUGCGCCUCACACACGAUUUGCAGGACACCGUCCGCAAGUUCUUCUUUCUCUCUCUUGCUCUCUGUGGUAAACAUUCUCCUGGUUGCUUCUUGCGGUGGAUGCGGAUCGACAUUCACCGCUGCUCUUGUCCAUAAAGGCUUCAGACUUCCUUUUCCCCCAGUUUCUCCUCGAUUUUUCCCCAGCUUGUCCAGACAUGCUGCAUAGACGCCUCUUCUUGGAAGACGCAUCGCCAGCGAGGCCCCUGUUCGCUUUUGUCUUUCUCUGUCCAUCCAAGAAAUUCAAGGAACUGUGCAUUUUCUCACGGAAACAUCUCUCGUUCCCGCAUGUAAAGACAUCUCCUGUCUCGUCCGCGCGCGACUUUUUCUCUUCGAACGCUCAAAGUCCUUCACUCUCUCCCUUGGAUCUCCUUCCGUUCUUCUGCAAAAGCUCCUUUCAGCUUCCCUUCGUUUCUAAGAGCCUCUCUCUCGCGCUCUCUCUCGCUGUCUCUCGCGCUAUCUCUCGCUGUCUCUCGCGCUAUCUCUCGCUGUCUCUCGCGCUACCUCUCGCUGUCUCUCGCGCUAUCUCUCGCUCUGUCGCGCGCUAUCUCUCCGCUCUUUCUUGUUCACCUUCCUUGUUCUCUCGAAGGAGGCAUGUGAAGGAACGCGCGUCCGGCCUCUCUUUUCUCUCCUCUUUUUUCUUUCUCCUUUUCUCCGUCUUUCUCUCUCGGGUGUUCCGACUUUUGUCUCUGCCCCCUUCGACGCAAGAUCCAAGGAGAAGAGAGCAGGAAAAAGAGAAGAGAAAGACGCACAGAGGAUCAACAAGAGGAAGUCGGAGAGACUGAGAAAAGAAGAAGAAAGAGGAGAGACAGAAAAAGAAAAGAAAGAGAAGAAAGAGGCCGAGAAGGAGAGUGAAAUCGGCGGUGAAGCCUUGGAAGGCGUGGAGUAGGCGUUCGACGGUGUCGGCGGUUGCCGCCGACGUCGCGAAAUCCUCUCGCAUAAGUCGAGAAGAGAUCCUCGUCUCUCACGGGAAAAAGAGGAACGACCAUCCUCGACCCAUCCAACUCGUCUUUCGUCUCUCCGCUCUCGUGUCUUAUUUGUCUCCUCCUUUCCUUUUUCUCUCUUCUUCUUGUCCUCUCUUCUCUCUUCUUCUCUCUUCUUAUCCUCUCUUCUCUGUUCUUAUACUUUCUUCUCUGUUCUUCUCUAUUUUCUCUUCUCCUCUUUUCUACCUCUCCUGGUUUUCGGUCUUCUUCCCUUGCUUUGUUUCUACCUCGCCUUCCACGGUGUUUUCUCCUGGGCGUUUCUCUGUCGCCUGUUUUUCCUUCUCGCUCCUCAGUCGUUCUUUGAAAAGAGCAGGCGCUCUCGCGCGUCGCGUCCACCUGGAUGUUGAAAGCGUUCCGGCGCCGCUUCGUCUCCUUCCCAAAGUUCGAGGCUGCCUGCCCGGGAGAUGAAACUCAUUGCCUUGCUGGUUGCGCGCUGCGCGUCCGACGCAGACGCACCUGUCUUUCUCUGCUCUGCCUUCGAGCUUGGAGGGUACGCCUUCUAUCAGCGCCAUUCGAUGAAGGAAGCGUGCAAGUUUCUCGCCAGGACUGCGAUUCCUCGCGUGGGCGUGGAGACUAGAGAGGUGAUCGAACAUGACGGCAGCGUCGCGUUCCUUUACCGGUUCUUCGACUCUCUCGCCGUCGUCGCCAUCGGAGAUGCGAACUAUCCGUCAAGAGUGGCGUUUCGCCUUCUCCAUGAAAUCCACGAAAAAUUCACUCGUGCGGUUCCUGUCGCUCUCUGGUCGAGCGUCGCGCCCGUCGGCAACAGCAGCUGUGCGGCGCAAAUCCAUUUCAAGGACGACCUCGCUCUUCUCCUCCGGAGAUGUCAAGAUGCCCGGAAAGCUGACACACUCACAGCUGUGAUGGAGAAGUCGGAACAGACGCAGAAGGAAGUGAAGAGAACAAUUGACGCAGUCCUCCAGAACGGGGAGAGUCUGGACGAACUCGUCCAGAAGUCUCAGGAUUUAUCGCUUACCUCGAAGCAAUUAUUCAAGACUGCGACGAAGGCGAAGAAGCACUAUGCAUGCUGUAAAGUCCAGUAGAAGCGGCCUGCUGGACUCUGGAUACUCGUCCAAGUCGUUGAGAGAGCGCAUGUCUGUUUUCGAGGCUCGCAGAAAGCCUCAGCGCCGCAGCAAGGCUCUGUCGACAAGAGGAAAAACGGAGAGGAGCCAGAGAACGGAGAACUUUGACCGGAGCAAAGCACGACGAAGGCGCAACGGAGAACGCCGGAGAACAAGAGCAAGAGAAUGGCCGCACAUGGAAAAAGGCGGAGUUGAUCGGCGAAGGACUUCGCAUGGGAUGAAAAAAGGAAACAAAACGUUUCGCAAAAGUGCAUUCGACACAAACACCGCGGAACUCAGGAUUUCCUUUUCACUGACAGAGACCGUCCAGAAUGUGCCAUUUCACUGUGGCUGCAAGAUGGCUUUCCCCAUCUCUGCAGAGUCAUGACUGCUCCGACCGUGAGAAUCGCGUAGAGCUUUCGAGUCGCCGUUUGCAUGCGCGAGGGAGCUGAGCCAAACACCAAAGUUUUCGCUCCUGUCGCUUCGCGAGAUUCUCAAAAACGCAUGCUAUGCUUGAGACAGUUUGAAAAAAGCCAUGACGGCUGCGCGAACUCAAACAGGGUGCGAAACCCAAGCUCCUAGAAAAACUUCUCCCUUCUUAACCGCCCUCGGCCCCUG